UGUGUCUAUAUUUCUAAAUCUAAUUACAAUUAGACAUUUUCAUUUUGGGAACUUUUUUACUAAAACAAUUUGUUUUAAAAAAUAUAUUCAUUAUUUUCUUGCGGUGCUUACUUAAGUUAAGUGAAAAAAAUGCCUCGUUAUCAUACCGUAGAAAUCAAUAAAACAGAAUGGAUAGUACCGGAACGUUAUCAGAUGCUUACACCUGUAGGCUCUGGCGCUUACGGGCAGGUUUGCUCCUCUAUAGAUACACUGCAUAAUAUGAAAGUAGCAAUAAAAAAAUUGGCCAGACCAUUUCAAUCAGCCGUACAUGCUAAAAGAACAUAUCGUGAGCUUCGGAUGUUGAAGCACAUGAACCAUGAAAAUGUUAUUGGUCUGCUAGAUGUAUUCACACCUGAAAAGAGUUUAGAAGAGUUUCAACAAGUGUACCUUGUUACACAUCUAAUGGGAGCUGAUCUCAACAAUAUUAUACGCACACAGAAACUAUCUGAUGAUCAUGUCCAAUUUCUUGUCUACCAGAUAUUGAGAGGACUUAAGUACAUUCACUCUGCAGGAAUUAUACAUAGAGAUCUCAAGCCCUCAAACAUUGCAGUAAAUGAAGAUUGUGAACUGAAAAUUCUAGAUUUUGGUUUGGCCAGACCAACUGAAACUGAAAUGACUGGUUAUGUAGCUACUAGAUGGUAUCGGGCUCCUGAGAUCAUGCUUAACUGGAUGCAUUACAAUCAAACAGUGGAUAUUUGGUCUGUUGGGUGUAUAAUGGCCGAGUUGCUUACCGGCAGGACUCUCUUCCCUGGAACUGACCAUAUUGAUCACCUCACGAGAAUAUUGUUUUUAUGUGGGAAACCAGAACAGGAGACCAUAGACAAAAUUAUAAGUGAAGAGGCGCGUAAUUACAUCCAAUCGUUGCCGACGCUGCGGCGCCGCGACUUCCGCGAAGUGUUUCGCGGCGCGAACCCGCUCGCCGUCAACUUGCUCGAACUCAUGCUCGAGCUGGACGCUGAUAAGCGUAUAACAGCAGAGCAGGCGCUCGCGCACGAGUACCUGGCGCAGUACGCGGACCCGACCGACGAGCCGGUGUCCGCGCCCUACGACCAGAGCUUCGAGGACAUGGACCUGCCCGUCGACAAGUGGAAGGAAUUGGUGUGGAAUGAAGUGGUCGAGUUCAAGCCGCACCCUCAACACAUGAACACGGUGGUGGAAGUUAACCCCUCAUAAAUUAUCAAUAAAAUCAUAUGCCAUUUACUGGCAAUACAUUCUUUAAUGUAGUUUAGUUGUCAUGUGUGACAAAGAUUUUUACACAACAAAUACAUACCACUUGAAUCAAUUGAGCAGCUUAAUAUGAAUUAAUUAAAGCUUAACAAUUUACGAAUAGACGUGUUUAGGUCUUGAGUUCAUUUUACAUUUUAUACAAAAUAUAUGCUUUAGAAAUUGGUAAACAUAAAUCGAUUUUUAAUUAUCAAGACACGUUUUAUAUGAUAUCAUGCAAAGUAUUUACUUUUUUAUACUUAUAAUUGGGAAUAAUUUUGCCGUUUUAAUAAAUAAGCCCGAAAGGUAAUUUAUGGGUAUACUUAAAUACAAAAAGCUAUUGCUAACAAUGUAUGUAUUACAUAUUAAUUAAUGUAUUAGUAAAGAACGUUGCAUAAUAGCUAGUCUUGUAUUAUAUUCAUUAUUGAUAAACAAAAAUGAAUAGUACAAAACACUUAUACACACCAAAAGCAAUAAAAUAGACAUAUUAUAUUAAUCUUUUAAUGUUACGUAUGUAUAAAUUUUAUAUAAAUUUUAGCUUAACAAAUUGAUUGCAAAUAUAUUAUGCAGUUUAUUUCGAUAUGACUCAUAACUUUAAGCUUUUUAUAAAAUUUUAAACACAUGCUUGUACGCUAAGCGAAUUCUGUAAUUAUGUUGUGAACAUUUUGUAGCUUUCGCUUAUAAUUUUUUAUCAAUGUUAUAUAUUCGUGCCACGUGUCUUUGAAUUGCUUGUGAUUUGGCCUUGUCACGCUGGUGCUAAGAGAAAAUUUAAACGCCAUAAAAAUAACUUAUACAAGUAUUAUAAAUACGAUAGAAUAAAAUAGACAUUUUGAAAUGUUCUUUAUAUUAAUAUUGUAAGAUAAGACCGUCCAAUUCGAUGUGACGCAUCUUUUUAUUGCUCAGAGUUUGAAACAUACCUUAUAUUUUGUUGAAUUAUUAUUGUUUGUAGCCAUACAAUUAAUAUUGUAAAGAUAUUUUUCUAGCUGAAGUUCUUUUCCAUAGAUUUUAUUUGUAACAUAAGAAAUAAUGUAGUAUUGAUAAAAAAAUAACUUAAACUACA